AUGGUCUACCUGCCGGACGAGCUUUUGCUUCAAAUCCUCUCGUAUCUCAAUACUGAAGCGCCCUCAAUCACAAACUUCGCUCAGGAGCCGUCCCUCAACUUAGCCGUUUCUAAAGAACACUCGCUCAAGUCCUUCUCACUUGUCUCGCGCAAUUUCCGCCGUGUGGCCUUGCCUGUGUUAUUCCAGUAUGCCCGAGUUGAGUUAGGGGAUCACGACAUCGAGGUGAAAGCUUUCAAGAACGACUUCAGAUUUCGCUAUCAGCCCUCUGCAAGAUUCCUCAAGCUCGUAACUCAGCAAGAGCUUUGCCGCCAUGUCAGGAGCGUCGUCUUGUACACAGCUUGUACUGUCCAGACGGGCAGUUCGGAAGCUAUCAAGUCCCCUACUGCUUGGAGCAUCUGGGAGGGCUUGUUCGCUCGCAUCAAUCCGAGUCGGGUUGUUAUUGCCGCACCUCCUUCGUACCUAGGCUGGUUGACCAAAUACUCACCCAAUGAGAGGGACGUCUGGGCUUUUGACAUGCCCAUUCAUAUGCUUGAGCUUCGAACCUCUGCAGAAGACGCCUGCAGGCGCGUUCCAGCAGAUCCGGAUUUCUGGGACAUCUUACAAGUGAAGGAGUGGGCCCACCUGGGUUACAAUGAGGGCUCGUCGCUGAAGGCGUAUAGCACGUACGAGUAUUACUGGAAGCAUACUCCGAGCUGUCUAGUGUACAUGCUCCGGGAUCCGGAAGCACGGGCAAAGCUCCGCAGCGUCGCGUACUACGCUAUAUUCCCUUUGAGCACCCACGUCGAAGACAUCGCUAGGGGUGUCCGUGGGCUGCCUCUUAUCGAAUCUCUGCACUUUCAACUUGUGCCUACUCCGCAAAGCCACCUCCUGGACGACUCUGAGCGUAUCGGCAAAGCGGACCUCACGGACUGCUGGCAGGAAGUCGGAGAAUCAUACUCCGCGUUUGUUAACACCAUCUUCGAUAUGAGCGAGUAUCCAACCCUGUUGAGCCGAGUCAUGAUCUCUGAUAAUUUCUCUGCGGAACAAAGCGAGGAAAUGGAUGAUCGCUUUGACUUAGUGGGAGAAAGUGGCUGGACCAAGAUUGUAGAAGGCUUGUGGACCCGGGAGCUGGCGAGUGCAGAUGCAUCGUAG